CCCCCCCCCCCCCUGCAAGCCCAGAUGGGAUUAAGUGACUUCAGAAAAUGGAUGGAUGGAUGAGUGACUUAUAUCUAUGAAUCCUGGUGCCACAGGAACUCAGCGCAGAAUACAGCUUCUCUGCCUGAAGGUGAGAGAAAUGCAUGCAGCAAGUGGAGCGUAGCAAUCGAACAAGCGCUACUGCAGACUGACUGUGCCAGUUCGAUAGCACCAGUUACGGUACAGCUACUUCACCUGCUGUAAGGCAGUGCUGCCAGUCCGCCUGAUUCUCUGCUAGCUUCCUGUCUCGCCAGCAUGCCUCCCAAUCCGUACGUGCCUCGCUGCACGCCCUCUCCGCCGCAUUUCAUCUGACAGCGCAGUGCUUUGGCGCGAGUUCCCAUGCAGUGCGCUGACACGGCGGCAAUCUGUCACUGCAUCGUCUUCUGUGAUCCAGCACAAUUUGUUAAUAUGUACUGGCUGGGGGAAAUGCGUACAGGCUGAACCGCCUCACAUCUGCUGCCCUUGCCUGUCCCGGGGGAGGGGGGCUAAAUUAUUCAGCACAUGGGACUGUGUCAGUAGGAUUCUGCCAUGUGUAACUAAAGUGUGAAAUUCUCGAUUGAUCUCUUGGCAUAUUUAGCCUAAGAGACCACUACCAACCUGCAGAGAAUCCUGGGUAAUAGUUUUCGGCACUUAAGACCACUGUCAUUCAUUAUUAAUUGUUAGCUCAAUCAUUAUGUUAAAUAAAUAUCAUUUGUAUUAUGAAAUACGAAAUACAGAUGUAAAUAUGAAUAAAAUCUUGAAUUUUUACAGGAGUUUCCUAAAAUCUUGUAUUUGAAUUUGAUUCAAAUUUUGCUCUAAUGACACAUAAUAAUGAUAGAAAGAAUUGUAAUUAUUAGCUAAUUAUUAUAGUUGAACUUAAUUUGCUUGGCGAAUAUGCUCGGUAACCACACGCUCUUUCAGUAUGUCAAGGUUUCCCAGCAGGAGAGCUUACAGGAUGGAGAACGUUUGAUGGGUUUCAAACCAUAACUAUCAGCUGACGGCGCUGUCACAACCACUCCCAUGACCCUGACCAGCACUGAUGCACUUCACCCACAAGGCAGAGGCAGACAUGCUGGGAAUGCGACUGAGAAGCAGCAAUGAAGAGGUCACCAUCUCACCAGAAAAUCGAUUUGUUCCCAACUGAACCAGAAAGUCAAUAUUUACGAAGAAGCCUGUUAUCCAAAGGAUGCUUCCAACACAGCAAAGAUCCGUGUGAUAAUCAAAUGCCCUGUCAGGAUCUCCCUCCUUCCCAGAUCCCCCUCCUCUGCGCCCCCACCAAUCCUCCGUGCCCUGCUGCUCUGAAGGCGUGGGAGGCAUUCUGCACUCAUCCGUCUCUGGCCGGCUGGAUGACCUCACCGGCACUGGGCAAGCGGCUCUCUGUGUGUCAUGAGUGUAAAGCUUCCAGUUUCCUCUCUACUGUGCAUCCCAUGUGCUGCACUGAGAUGCAAUGAUAACACCAGUCUGUGACAUAUAAUACUAAGCACUAACAUCUGAAACAUAAUGGUAAGUUCUGCACUCUGGAAAGUAAAGCUAAGCAUUUGCUAACUGCUAGGACAUGUACCGUAAGCUCUCUGUUAUAAUGUUAACUGCUAUACUCUAAAGUCUCUGACAUAAUGCUAACUGCUAUACUCUAAUGUCUCUGACAUAAUGCUAACUGUUGUACUAUAAAGUUUCUGACAUAAUGCUAACUGCUAUACUGUAAAGUCUCUGACAUAAUGAUGACUUGUACUAUAAGGUCUCUGACAUAAUGCUAACUGCUAUACUCUAAGGUCUCUGGCAUAAUGCUAACUGCUGUACUCUAAGGUCUCUAACAUAAUGUUAAAUAUUAUACUCUAAGGCCUCUGACAUAAUGCUAGGUGCUGUACUCUAAGGUCUCUGACAUAAUGUUAAAUGCUGUACUGUAAGGUCUCUGAAAUAAUGCUAACUGCUGUACUCUAAGGUCUCUAACAUAAUGCUAACUGCUGUAUUCAAAAGUCUCUGAGAUAAUCCUCGCUGCUGUACUCUAAGGUCUCCAACAUAAUGCUAAUUGCUAUACUCUAAGGUCUCUGACAUAAUGCUAACUGCUAUACUCUAAGUUCUCUGAAAUAAUGCUAACUGCUGUACUCUAAGUUCUCUGACAUAAUGCUAACGCUGUACUCUAAGGUCUCUGACAUAAUGCUAACUGCUGUAUUCAAAAGUCUCUGACAUAAUGCUAACUGCUAUACUCUAAGGCCGCUGACAUAAUGCUAACUGCUAUACUCUAAGGCCGCUGACAUAAUGUUAAAUGCUGUACUCUAAGGUCUCUGAAAUAAUGCUAACUGCUGUACUCUAACUUCUCUGACAUAAUGCUAACUGCUGUACUCUAAGGUCUCUGACAUAAUGCUAACUGCUAUACUCUAAGUUCUCUGACAUAAUGCUAACUGCUGUACUCUAAGGUCUCUAACAUAAUGCUAACUGCUAUACUCUAAGGUCUCUGACAUAAUGGUAACUGCUUUACUCUAAGGUCUCUGACAUAAUGCUAAGUUCUGUACUCUUAGGCGUAAUCUCUGCACAUAAUGCUAAGCGCUCAUUUCUGACAAAUACUCAUCACAACACUUUCAGCCCUAUCUGAUCUACCAAAGAUGUGAUUAUAAUAUAGGAAUGCUAAUUCUAGGUGGGGGGGGGGGGGGUAGUUUACACUCGUUUUAUAAUGUGUACCUCCCCCAUUUAUUGCAUACUCACACAUUUUCACGUUGCAUAUGUACUGUACAUCCUUGCUAUUUACAUCUUGAGCAAGAAUUCAAAGGGUAAGUAGAAGGGAUAACCCCCAGUUACCGUCCAGGGUUCCUGUGUCCUUCAUACCCGUCAUUAGGUGGUCAGUAAGCAUAUCUUGCAGUAGUGCAUAUGUUCCUGGGUGAUUUAAAAUUUCCACAUGCCUUGUCUCCAAACAUACGUCUGACAUAUAUUUACUCAUUCAUCUGUCAAACCCAGGCACAUCCCUCAAACACCUACACUGAACGGGCUACACCCAUAGGUUUGAGCCUUGACACUUCCCUGGGACGUGAUCUAGAAGAAAAGGCAGAAUCAAUGUCAUUUCGCCAGCAGCUUCAUGUCUGGCCUGGGCACUUAAUGAUUAAACCACUGUGGACAGGUGGUACCAGUAACCAUGGUUACUUACAUCUUUCAGAAAGUCAGUUAAGCAGUGUGUGCUCUGAGGUCCGUUGAAGAAGGACAUACACAUUGUUUUCUUAAACCAUAAUCUCAUGCAUAUAAAAAAUAUGUAUGCAUAAUAAGAUAACAAAAAUUAGAAAGUUCAGUAAUAUCACGAUUCAACCAGAAUCAUUUUGUGUACGUUAGGAAUUAAUGAAUGAAUGAAUGCUUUUAUUGUCACUAUACACAUGUAUAAUGAGAUUAAGAGCACAUGGCACACACACACACAAACACACAAAUAUAGUUUGUGAAUCUCAUUUAUUUUUAUUAUUUUAAGUUUAAUCCAGUAAGCAUAUAUGAAUUGUGAGAGCAUUAAAAGCCUACUGUUCGGGACAUAUGCAGUAGGGUGGAGUAUAUGCUAAAUACAUUGAAGCAGGGGAGAUGCAUUGUUGUGGCAAUUAGCAUGACAUGAACAAUACAUUCACAUUUUGUUUUAAUUUGUAACAGUAAUAUAUUUCUGGAUGAUCAAAAUGAAAAAAAAAUCCAUAAAAAAGUUAUUGCUUUGGCUGUCGACUUGCUGUUAAAGACUGGAUCCAGAUUGCAGAUUUGCUGGACGUUGUUAUGACGGUAUGUGUAUAACAAAGUCAUACAAGCUGAAGACACUGGCAGAGAACCAGGAGAACAGAUGGGCAGCUGUAAAGGACUAUUCAGAGGCUGUACAGGCAUGCAGUCUAAUCACCCAGCUAUCAACCAUUUCACAUUUAUAUGGAUCUGAAGGGACAAACUGGUUGUGAAAAACAUGUAUCAUAAUCUUACAAACACCCCUCUAAUAAAUUUGAUGACUUUUACACGCUCGCACAAACCAUACUCUUAUCUCAGUACAUUGUUUUUUAAGCAUUGCAUACCUUAUAUUUUGCACUGUAUAACUUUAAUAUCUAUAUUUGUUAUUUUAUGAAAAAAAUACACUGUGCAGUAAUACUUCAGAUGGUGCAUUUGUGCGGCCAUUUUAUGUAACCCUAGAUAUGAACAUGUAGGUUGCUAUUGCUAAUGUACAAACCUUUUCUCAUUCUCUUAAAUAACCCUGCGGAGGACAAGAAAGGGUUAACAGGCAAAUCCCUUUCAACUCAUUUUGUAAAGGGUGGCUGCCGGCCCAUCAGGAGUCGGCAUCCUCCUCGUCCAAUGGCAGGACUCGGGGAUGAUGUCAUGCAGUGGGACUGGUGGCGGUGCUGAUGCUGGGUAGCUCUGUAUCCGAGCAGCAAGAGACAGAGAACGAGAGCAAAAGCGAGGAGCUGAGGACUGUCACCUAGGAGGGGGUCCAAACUUGCAGCUCUUCCUGACGUCAGAUGUUUAGUGUGAGUGCCAGAAUGACCCUUGCAGCCUACAGAGAGAAGAUGAGGGAGCUUCCCCUGGUGUCCAUCCUGUGCUCCUGUCUGCGUCCCGACGUCCUGGAAAAACCCUCAUAUAAAGCCGAAGAUGCUGUGGACCUCAGCUGGUGCGUAAUCAAAGACGUGGAGGUCAUCGAGCUAAACAAGCGGGCGUCCGGACAGGCCUUUGAAGUCAUCCUCAAGCCCCCGUCCUUCGACGGUGUGCCAGAGUUUAAUACCUCCAUGCCCCAUCGCAGGGACCCCUCCCUGGAGGAGAUCCAGAAGAAGCUGGAGGCAGCAGAGGAGAGACGAAAGUGUCAGGAGGCAGAAUUGCUGAAGCACCUAGCGGAAAAGAGGGAGCAUGAACGUGAGGUGAUCCAAAAAGCCGUUGAGGAGAACAACAACUUCAUCAAGAUGGCCAAGGAAAAACUGGAGCAAAAGAUGGAGGCCAACAAGGAGAACCGGGAGGCCCUUCUGGCAGCUAUGCUGGAACGCCUGCAAGAAAAGGACAAGCAUGCGGAGGAGGUGAGGAAAAACAAGGAGCUGAAGGAGGAAGCCUGCCGGUAGACGGUGGAUGAGACAGACCUUGUUUCGCUAGCUCAGGAAAGGGAAAGAUGAAGAAAACGAAAGACCGACAUGAAACAAAAAAAAUUAAAUAAUAUCCCCAGGAGUUAGCAGGAUAUGGUUUUUUUGACAAAGUAUUAAAUAUACUCUUGAGCGUGGUGAAAACAAAACAUUGUCCAGGAAGGUCCCGUCUGGAUGGCAAUGCAAGGUGCACUGGGGGGGGGGGGGGUUGUCAUGACGGUUUCCACCGCAGCUGAAGGGUGAAUUUCUAGGUCGCUCUCCUGAGUUUGGUUUCUCAAUGUCAUCAUGACGUGGACAGAGAGAGGUGAUCUAUCAUCCAUUGCUGUUUACUAGCUGACUUUGAAAGCGGCAUUUUCCAGCACAUAUUUAUUAAUCCCCAAACAGGUUUCAGUCAUUAUGCACUCUCACCCCCGCCCCCUCCCCGCCAGGUAAUGACCAGUGUGAUGUACUUUAAUUGUGCACACUGUACCCUAAUGUGGCUGAUUAUCCAUUCAUAACGGCAGUCAGUUAAUGAGACAAACUUGUAUUAACUAUGAUAAACCAAGUUGAUUACAAUACACCCUUUAAGAUGUAUAAUAGUCAAUAUAACACAUUCGGACUGGCUUAAAUUUUAGAAAUCUUUAUUGAUCAGUAUAAUCUCAGUCCAAUGUAACGUUCUCAAGCAGGUGUCAAAUUUUUUUCAGCUAUGCGACUUUAUUCGCGCACCUAUGUAAAUAGAAAAGGCUACGAUUAAAAAAAACAGCAAAGAAUAUGUAGAGUUAGCCAAACUAAAUAGGAACUGAUGUGACUAUAGACUGUUCAUUGAUUCUCCAGAGCCUGAUAGGUAUGUCAUGUUUGUAAAGAGAAGACCGACUCUGUAAUUGGUGUGAGGUAGACGGAGUAGGUCGGUACAGGGAUCAGGUUAAUUAGGACGUUUCAGGCACAACUGAAAAGCACAGAGCCGUUAACACACAGACAAAGCUAGGACCAGUUGGAAAGGCUCGACCCACUGUUAACUGGUAUGGUUAACUGGUAUGGUCAGCCGGUAUGGUCAAGCUGAGAGACUAUCCAGCCUCUAUGACAAUCCGCAGUGCACUUUGUUUUGGCAUGUUGUCGUCCCCUCCGUUUGUCUUCUGUGAUUGAUGGAUGUUUCCCAGAAAUGAUGGAAGGAAGGAAUGUUGGUACUUUGAAGUAAAAAAACAAAUGAUUGUGACAAUACUUUCUGGGAAGUCAUGGAACCUCUGCUUACUACUUGUGCGCGUAAUGUUUGAGGCUAAACCGUUUCUCUUUGGCAUGGUCAGUAAACGCUUUUCUUGACAAUU